CUUCCCCAAGCCCUGCCAUCUCUUUCUCCUACCUCCCUCCCCGCGCACGCGCGGUGGCGCCCGAGAGAGGAGGCUUUGCCAUGGCGCCGCCGCCCGCUCGCCGGGCCCGGGUCUCCCGCUGCGCGGCUUUCAGCGCCUCCCACCGGCUGCACAGCCCGUUGCUGAGCGAUGAAGAAAACCGGAAACUUUUUGGGAAAUGUAACAACCCGAAUGGUCACGGCCACAACUACAAAGUGGAAGUGACUGUGCAAGGAGAGAUCAAUCCUCUUACAGGGAUGGUGAUUAACCUGACGGUUCUCAAAGCCUACAUGGAGGAAGCCAUAAUGGAGCCUCUCGAUCACAAGAACCUGGAUAAAGAUGUCCCCUACUUCGCAGAGGUCGUCAGUACUACUGAAAACGUUGCUGUGUUCAUCUGGGACAACCUCCAGAAGUGCCUUCCGACCGGAGCCCUUUAUAAAGUCAAAGUAUACGAAACUGAGAAUAACAUUGUGGUUUACAAGGGAGAGGGAGCGCCUUCCGAGAAGUGAGACCCUUGUGGUUGCCUUUUGUGCCAUUAUUGUCGGUGAACUGCUCUAACUCAGCUGGUCUGGCCAUCAUCCAUCCAUCCAUCCAGCCGUCCAUCGGUCCGUCCAUCCAUCUGUCCAUCCAUCCAUCCAUUGGUCCGUCCAUCCAUCUGUCCCUCCCUCCCUCCCUCCAUCAUCCAUCCAUCUAUUGAUCCAUCCAUCCAUCCAUUGGUCCGCCAUCCGUCUGUCCCUCCAUCCAUCUGUCCGCCAUCCAUCUGUCCAUCCAUCCAUCGGUCCAUCCCUCCAUUUGUCCAUCCAUCCAUCGGUCCGCCAUCCAUCCGUCCAUCCAUCCAUCCAUCCAUCCAUUGGUCUGUCCAUCCAUCUGUCCCUCCAUCCAUCCAUCAUCCAUCCAUCUAUUAAUCCUUCCAUCCAACCAUCCAUCCCUCUGUCUGUCCAUCCGUCCAUCCAUCCGUCAGUCCAUCCACCCACCAACGCAUUGUUGGACUUGUGAGUGUAAAUGUUGAUUUCUUUUGUUAAAGAAUCACGUGAGUGAGUUGAUGUGAAACAGGUGUUUUAUGCAGCUUGGCGCCAUCAAACCUCCCUGCUGUGCGAGCAUUCAGUUCGAUCUGAGUUAAGAAAAAUAGCAAUUCUUUCUUUGUUCCUGUUUCAGCAGGAAGUCCCUGCUUUUUCCAUGAUGAGUGUAAAUCCCAAGAUCCAGGGCAUCUUUUGAGUGCAGGAGGGAGUUUUCCUGGUCCCAAGCAGCUUACAGGUAGUCCUUGACUUACGACCACAACGGAGCCCAAAUUUUCUUUUGUUAAGCGAGACAUUCGUUAAGUUUUGCCCUAUUUUGCAACCUUAGAGUUUUGCCCUAUUUUGCAACCUUUCUUGCCACGGUUGUUAAGUGAAUCCGGCUUCCCCAUGGGCUUUGCUGGUCAGAGAGGUGAUCACAUGACCCCGGGACACUGCAACGGUCAUAAAUAGGGGUCAGAUGCCAAGCAUCUGAAUUUUGACCAUGGAGAUGCUACAGCGGUCGUAAGUGUGAAAAACGGUGAUAAGUCACAUUUUUUUCCCAGUGCUGUUGUAACUUUGAACGGUCCCUAAAUGAACUGUUGUAAGUCGAGGACUACCUGUUAUUUCCCUUUCUUGAUCACCUGUUUUUUUUAAAAAAAAACUGGAGAGACCAGAGAAUUGAUUUACUGUGUAAUUAAGCCAAUAAUUAUAAUUAUAAGAGUCGGGAACGACUAGCACAUAUGUGCGAGGGGAACUUUUACCUUUACCUUACUAUAAUUAAGCUCAUUCCCAUACUCUUUUAUGCAAGUUAUGAUGGUUGUUCAGUUGCUAAGUUGUUGUGCCCCAUUCUUUGUGACCCCGUGGACCAGAGCACACCGGCCCCCUGCCCCCGUUCUCCACUCUCUCCUAGAAUUUGUCCAAAUCCAUGGUCAUCGUGUCGAUCGUGCUCUGUCGUCCCAUUCUCCUUGUGACCUUCCACCUUUCCCAACAUCGGGGUUUUCUUUUAUGCAAGAAUGUUCCGCUAAAAAGUUUUGAGCUCUUGGUUCUUCCACAACCUAAAUAAACAUCUCUCAAAAGUU